GACCAACUGCAUGUUGACAACUCCAGCUUGCUGGAGAGCGUGGCUCUUUUCGAGGGCGAUCUUGGAAAAGUGGCGGAUAGACAUGCGCAGCUCAUCGGCCAUGUGAACAAGAAGCAGAAGAUCCGCUACACGGUGAAGCUAAAAGAGGAGUGUGCACAGCUUCGCUUGGACCUGAACAAGGCUCGCCACAAGCUGAUGCAGCUGGAGGGCAGCCGAAGAAGUGACAGCUUGUAUGGUGCCCUGGCUUCCUUGGGCUAUUCGCCUGCGCCUGCAGUGCAGUCGUCGCCACAGCCGAAGCAGAGGUCGCAAGAGCAGAGUCCGAACAGCCCUUUCCAGUGGCUUGGACGUUUGGUGGGGCUGUAG